CGGACCAGCUGUUCCUUUGCUACAGUGCUGAUCUCUGCAGUGACGAUGGAGCUCCUCAGCAGUACUACUUUUGUUUCCACUUCCAGCACUGCCCCAGCUCGUCCCCUCAAGCUGCUCCGCUCUCUGCUAGUCCUCGCUGCCAUGGCCGCCGCCGUCUCGACCCAGCUCCUGCCGUCCCUCCUCGUCGUCGUUCCGAGCUGGCCAUUCUCAGCGCCUCAUUAUAAUAACAAGCAACCGCCCCCGCCUCCGAAAUGCGUCCUGUUCAACUUCGGAGACUCCAACUCCGACACCGGGAACCUCGUCGCCGGCGCGGGCUUCCGCCUGCACGGGCCCGUGGGGCGCCGCUUCUUCGGCAAGCCCAGCGGCCGCUUCUCCGACGGCCGCCUCUACAUAGACUUCAUCUGUGAGAGGCUGGGGUUGGAUCACCUGAGCCCCUACCUGGACUCGUCGGGCGUCAGCUUCCGGCACGGCGCCAACUUUGCCGCCGCCGGUGCAACGGCCGCCGGCGCCGCGGAUACGUUCGAUCUAGCGACGCAAGUGCGCCAGUUCCGGCACUUGAAGGCGCGCACGGCGGAGCUCCGCCCUCGAGGGCUCGGCUCCGGCAUCACCGACCAGGAGUUCCAGGACGCCGUGUACACCUUUGACAUCGGCCAGAACGACCUCCAGCUCGCCUUCGCCGCCGGCCUCUCGUACGACCGUAUCCUCGUCGAGACCAUCCCGGCGAUCGUAACAAGGAUCAAGAACGCCGUCACGAUGGUGCACGAGGCCUGCGGGCGCAAGUUCCUGCUGUACAACACGGGGCCGCUGGGGUGCCUGCCGAGCUUGCUGGCGCGGCGAGGCGGCGGCAGCGAGCUCGACCGCGCCGGCUGCCUCGUCGACCACAACGGCGUCGCCGGGGAGUUCAACGCGCAGCUGGGCCGCCUCUGCCGCGACCUGCGCGCCAUGCUCGCCAAUGCCACCGUCGUGUGCGUGGACAUGUACGCCAUCAAGUACGGCCUCGUCGCCAACCACACGGCGCACGGUUUCAGUGAGCCGUUGAUGGCGUGCUGCGGCAGCGGCGGCCCGCCGUACAACUACAGGGUCGGGAAGGCGUGCGGGAGCCCCAAGGUGAAGGCGUGCGCCGUCGGCGACCGCCGCAUCAGCUGGGACGGGCUCCACUACACGGAGGAUGCCAGCAGGGUCGUCGCCGACAAGAUACUCUCGGCGGAGUACAGUGAUCCUCCGCUUCGGCUUCCGACGCUCUGCAGCUCUCAAACCUGACAGCAACCUCCAGAAUGAUAACAUGAGCAACCACAACUGAUGAUUAUCUCAUGGAUGCCCUCCACUACUGCUGCCGUAUGAAUAUAAUAAGAUCGCCAUCUGUAAUAAACCAGCGGUCAUAGUCAUGUUACGGUCAGAAACGGCAAUCAAGUACAUAAACAUAAUCAUUAUGCUACA